CAUCACUCCCUCAAAGGGGUGUGGGGACAGAGGGGUAAUGCCGGUGCCCGCAGAACCACGCACAGAGACGCACCCAGGAUGGGCUCUAAGUACCCACGGUCUAUGCGGUGCUGCCUGCCCCUGUGGACCUUAAUACUGGAGGCGGCUCUCAUUGUCAUCUUCUUCUUUUUCGCCAACUAUGACAGCUCCUCAAAGGAUCCGAAGAUUGUGGUGACUCAUGGAGCCAUCUUACAGGAUGUUAUGGUCAUGGCGGCCCUCGGCUUGGGCUUCCUCACCUCGUCUUUGUGGAGAUACGGCUGGAGCAGCGUGGCCUUCAACCUCUUCAUGCUGGCCCUCGGGGUGCAGUGGGCAGUCCUGCUGGAUGGCUUUCUGGAACAUCCCCCCUCUUGGAAAGUGGUCAUCAAACUGUCCAGGAUUCAGCAGGCGACCAUGAGUGCUAUGUCUGUGCUGAUCUCUGUGGGUGCCAUCCUGGGGAAGGCCAACCUGGCGCAGCUGGUGCUGAUGGUGCUGAUGGAGGUGACCGCCUUUAGUGCCACGAGGAUGCUCAGCCGGCAGUUCCUCGUUGCGGACAACCACUUAAGCAUGAUGUACAUCCACGUGUUCGCGGCCUACUUUGGGCUGACCGUGGCCUGGUGCCUCUCAAGACCUCUCCCCAAGGAAGCGGAGGAGAAAGAGCGGAGGACAACGAGCCCCAGCCUGUUCGCCAUGCUGGGCACCCUCUUCUUGUGGAUGUUCUGGCCGAGUUUCAACUCUGCUCUGCUGACCAUACCACACGAAAGGAAGAACGGCGUGUUCAACACCUACUAUGCUCUUGCGGUCAGCGCCGUCACCGCCAUCUCCCUGUCGGCCCUGACUCACCCCCGAGGGAAGAUCAGCAUGACUCAUAUCCACAACGCAGUGCUGGCGGGAGGCGUGGCUGUGGGUGCCUCGUGCCACCUGAUUCCUUCUCCUUGGCUGGCCAUGGUGCUGGGGUUUGUGGCUGGGCUGAUCUCCAUCUGGGGAGCCAAAUGCCUGCCGGUGUGUUUUAACCGCGUGCUGGGGAUCCACGACUCGUGCGGCGUGCACUACACCUUUGGCUUGCCGGGCCUGCUCGGAGGGACCGCCUACAUCGGGCUGAUGAUGCAUAAGAUAAACUGGUCCAAGGAUCCCCUGCUCGGCUUCCAGGUGCUCUUCGACACUGGGGUACUCAGCUUGUCCAUGGCGAUGGGUCUAGCAUCUGGUCUCCUAACAGGUCUCAUCUUAAACCUCAAAAUAUGGAAAGCACCUCAUGUGGCUAAAUAUUUUGAUGACCAAGCUUUCUGGGAGUUUCCUCAUUUGGCUGUUGGAUUUUAAGCAAAGGCAUCCAA